AAAACGACAGCUUCAAUCCGUUCACUGACUCUCUCUCUCUUCGAGGGAAAGAUGUCAGUCCGAUGUGUUUUGGUCUCUCUGUGACUGCUCUCUUUACCUUGUGCAGUCGAGUACAAUAUCAAGUCCUUCUAUCUCGUUUUCAUCGACAAUCCUCAAGAUUCAAUUCUGAAUCCCUAACCAUGGAUACGGAUAACAAGUUGUGGAAUGUGGGUCUCCUAAUUGUGGCUACACUGGUUGUGGCGAAGCUUAUUUCUGCACUUUUAAUUCCUAGAUCUAAGAAGCGUCUGCCUCCAGCGGUCAAGGGAUGGCCUCUGAUUGGUAGCCUAGUCCAGUUUUUGAAAGGACCCAUCAUAAUGCUGCGUGAGGAGUACCCCAAGCUUGGAAGUGUUUUCACAGUGACCCUUGUCAAUUGGAAGAUUACCUUCUUCAUUGGGCCGGAGGUUUCGGCACACUUCUUCAAGGCCCCUGAGUCUGAUCUCAGUCAGCAGGAGGUGUACCAGUUCAAUGUGCCCACGUUUGGUCCUGGAGUUGUAUUUGAUGUUGACUACUCGAUAAGGCAGGAGCAGUUCCGGUUCUUCACGGAGGCACUGAGAGUGAGCAAAUUGAAGGGUUAUGUAGAUCAGAUGGUUGUCGAAGCAGAGGACUACUUCUCAAAAUGGGGAGAUAGUGGUGUGGUGGACAUAAAGUAUGAGCUGGAGCAUCUGAUCAUCUUGACGGCCAGUAGGUGUCUCUUGGGCCGGGAAGUCCGAGACAAGCUUUUUGAUGAUGUGUCUGCCUUGUUCCAUGACCUCGAUAAUGGGAUGCUCCCCAUUAGUGUUCUCUUCCCCUAUUUACCGAUUCCUGCUCAUCGUCGCCGUGACCAGGCUCGCAAGAAGCUUGCUGAUAUCUUUGCAAAUAUCAUAGCUUCCCGUAAGCAAGCUGGAAAAUGUGAGAAUGACAUGUUGCAAUGCUUCAUUGACUCGAAGUACAAAGAUGGUCGCCCAACAACUGAAUCUGAAGUCACUGGCUUGCUUAUCGCUGCUCUUUUUGCUGGGCAGCACACUAGUUCCAUCACCUCUGUAUGGACUGGGGCUUAUCUCCUUCGUUACAAAGGGUACCUCUCUGCUGUCUUGGAGGAACAGAAGAUGUUACUGGAAAAGCAUGGGAGCAAGGUUGAUCAGGAUAUAUUGUCUGAGAUGGAUGUCCUGUAUCGAUGCAUUAAGGAAGCCCUAAGACUUCAUCCUCCACUGAUUAUGCUACUACGCAGCUCUCACAGUGAUUUUAGUGUCACAACCCGUGAUGGGAAAGAAUAUGACAUUCCAAAGGGCCACAUUGUUGCAACAUCACCAGCAUUUGCAAACCGCCUUCCUCAUAUCUUUAAGGAUCCUGACACGUAUGAUCCGGACAGAUUUUCUGCUGGGAGAGAAGAAGACAAAGCAACAGGUGCAUUUUCUUAUAUUUCCUUUGGUGGAGGCAGGCAUGGGUGCCUUGGUGAGCCCUUUGCAUACCUGCAGAUAAAGGCCAUAUGGAGCCAUCUGCUGAGGAACUUUGAAUUGGAGCUGGUAUCACCUUUUCCUGAGAUUGACUGGAAUGCCAUGGUUGUGGGUGUGAAAGGAAAGGUGAUGGUGCAAUACAAGCGACGAGCCCUGUCUGUUAGUUAGGCUGGAACAGUUUAUCGAUGAUUUGACGCAUUCGAGGUCAAUUUCUGUUACUCUUUCAGGUGUUAUUGUUCUGUUGUAAGGACUAAUUUUAGCACUCCCAUUAGUUUGCUUUUUGUGAUAUUGUUUCUUGGUGUUGGUUGGCCUCUUUAAUUGGGUUCUGGCCUUCACUUGUUUUUGAUAAUCUCUUGGUUUCUGGUUUUAACUUUUAAGAGAACUGGGUUUCAUUUUAUUUGGAACUCUGAAGUUUGGGUUCAGAGACGAUUAGUUCUGUGAACUUUUGGUAAAGCUUCUUGUCGAAAGGAAAGAAUGGAAGGUCCACUGUACUCGUUAAUGUCA